CUCGAAACGCGUCCCGCUCACUCCGCGCUCUGACCGCGCGAGGAGUGACGGCGCUGCUCCCCGUGGAGGCGCGUUUCCAUUUUUCCGAGCUGCCACUCAAACACGCCGAGGCUCCGGGGAGAGGAGGGGACGGUGGGAGGACGCUCCCGUAGCCAUUCGUCGGUCCGCCGAGGAGCCGCGCUCCGCCGCCUGGACCGCGCGCCCCCCCCCUUCCCCCCCCACCGCCUGCCAGCCAGCCGGAGCGGAGGCGCGAGACUCACACCGCGAGCGUCCGUCAUUCGGCGGCGGACGUGAACGAGAAGGAGGAGGAGGAGGAGGGGGCCGAGCGGAGGAAAAAGAGCCCGUCUGUCAGAGUUAUUACCCGGUGUGCAUGUGAAUAGGCAGACGAGGAGUCCCUCAUCUCCAGUCCCUGACAGGACGCGCUUUCCCGAUUCAAGCACUGAAAGAGACAAAAUGCGAGUGGACAAUUGACCUUGAUGGCCUGGAAGUGACACAUUGGGGUGGAGCGGGGCCACUGUCAACGCUCCAAUAGGCUUGCAGAGUCAGACGGAGGCUGUGCGCUGGUGCUGUGUGGCUGGUUGUAAGCAGAGACCAAAGGAAAACACCCUGGACUACUUCCAAGUUCAUUUCUCCUUGCUUUCCUGUCUCAGGCCCACAAGUAGGAAAUGAUGAAAUGCUUUACUUCCCCUCUGCACCUGCACCAGCAUUUUUAAAGCUGGUCUUUAUCUGCAGCCGGAGUGGACUGCUGCGCCGCUCUGAGAAGGGCACCAUGACCCAGGAGGGGCAGGCUCUGCCCUCUCCCACCCCGCCUGAGAACACGUCAGAGCCCGACGCAACCGCAACCACCACCGACCCACCUGGGGAAGCGAACAUCGAGGCGGUGGAGGACAGGCCAGACGCCGUGGAGAGGGACAGUACAGAGGAGAGGCAACAAGAAGAGGAGAGCAUAAGAAGAGAGGGGGAGGAGGCGCAAAGUGAGGGAGAGGGGAGGGCAGAAGGAGAAGAUGAGGGAGAGGAAGAGGAGUUGAAUAAGGAGGAGGAAGGUUCAGCUGAAGAACAGCAUCAUUGGAGCAAAAGAGAAGAAGAAGAAGAAGAAGAAGAAGAAGAAGAAAAAAGGGACAAUGAAGACAUGCAGCUGUCUGCAGAGACGGAGGGAACUAAACCUCAACCGACUGAACGGCUUGAAAACGGUACGAGUGGGAACGAUGACGAGGACGGGCUCGGCGAGGAGGAUGGCGGAGAAGAGAGGGACGGAUGUACCAACCUGGACACUUUCAGCUCCAACUUUGAGACGACUGUAGAGCAGGCCGACACAGAGGUGGAGGAGGAGGACGAAGGAGUCCAGGGAAAUAAAGAGGAAACGGAAAACCAGGACACUUUCAGCUCGGCGUUCGAGCAGAUCGUAGAGCAGGUUGAUGCGCACCACGAAGAAGAAGAAGAAGAAGAAGAGAGAGAGUCGGAGGAGGAACAGAAGGAGAAAAACAAGGUGGUGGACAACAAAGAUGGCUUCAGCUCCACGUUCGAGCGCAUUGUGGAGUCCGCCCUGCUGAGGGGCGGUACGUGCUACAGCAGCCUCGACUCCCUGGACGUGCUGUCGCUCACGGACGAGACGGACAGCUGCGUCAGCUUCGAGGCGCCGCUGACCCCGCUCAUCCAGCAGAGGUCCCUGCUGCAGGGGCCCGAGCCCCUGGAGCUGGAGCUGGCCACAGUUCAGGAGCAGGAAGGGGCCGAGCCCGGAGCCGACGGCCUCGAUGGCGACGACACGGCCGGGCAGAGCGCGGCGCGUGCAGGUGGAGCAGGCGGCCCCGCGGGGGGCAGUCCGUUAAGGACGACCAUACCAGGCAGCAGGUCGGAGUUCACGCUGAGCCAGGCCGGACGCUGGGCUAUUCCCAAUGGAUACCACUCAGACUCCCAGGGAGCCGGGGAGCGCACUGGAGCCAUGGUCAGCUCUGUCAGCGAUGCCGACCUGUCGGACGUGUCGUCUGACUCGGAGGAGGGCAGUCUGGCGCACGGCAGCACCGACACUCUGGCCAACGGCUGCCGAGUCGACAGCGAGGCCGCCAAGAGGCUGGCCAAGCGCCUUUAUCACCUGGACGGCUUCAAGCGCUGCGACGUCGCCAGACACCUGGGCAAAAACAACGAGUUCAGUCAGCUGGUGGCUUCAGAGUACCUGAGUUACUUUGAUUUCUCCGGCCUGUCCCUUGACCGGGCCCUGAGAAACUUCUUAAAGGCCUUUCCAUUGAUGGGGGAAACUCAGGAAAGAGAGCGGGUCCUCGUCCAUUUCUCCAAACGCUACUCUCACUGCAACCCACUGACGCCCACCUCUGAAGAUGGAGCCCACACGUUGACCUGUGCGCUAAUGCUGCUCAACACUGAUCUACAUGGACAUAACAUUGGGAAGAAGAUGUCUUGCCAGCAGUUCAUUAGUAACCUAGAUGGCCUCAACAACGGCAAUGACUUCCCUAAAGAAUUAUUAAAGGUACAAAAAGCUUUUAUUUCUCUUUAUUUAUUACUAUCUUUCCCACCAGAACUGAAACAAACGGAGAAGAAAAUGGAUUUAUUUUCCUUCUGUCUGUUGCAGGUCUUGUAUAACUCAAUCAAGAAUGAAAAGCUGGAGUGGGCUGUUGAGGAGGAGGAGCUCAGGAAGAGUCUGUCAGAAUUAGUGGAGGAACAGUGUGAGGGCGGGAGCAAGCGUGUUGCCAGGGUGACAGACGGCACUAACCCCUUCAUCGCCAUUCCCGUUCAGCUGAACGCCGUCACCUACAAACACGGGGUGCUGACGCGCAAGAGCGACGCCGACAUGGACGGCAAGAGAACUCCGAAGGGGCGGCGGGGCUGGAAAAAGUUCUACGCGGUCCUAAAGGGGAUGAUCUUAUAUCUCCAGAAGGAUGAGUACAAACCUGACAGUGACAUUUCCGAGGCGGACCUGAAGAACGCCGUGAGGAUUCAUCACGCUCUCGCCACUCGUGCCACCGACUACAGCAAGAAGCCCCAUGUGCUGAAACUGAAAACCUCAGACUGGAGAGUCUUUCUGCUGCAGGCCCCGAGUGAGGAGGAGAUGAUGUCCUGGAUCUUCCGGAUAAACCUGGUGGCGGCGCUGUUCUCCGCCCCGGCGUUUCCCGCCGCAAUCGGGUCCAUGAAGAAAUUCUGCCGGCCCAUCCUGCCGUCCUCGUCCACCAGACUAAACCAGGUGGAGCAGCUGCUGAGUCACGAGAACAAGCUGAAGCAGACGAGUUUGGAGCUGGAGGAGCACAGGAAGCUGGAACCUUCGGGCGACCCGAAGAGCCGCGACUGGGAGGAGUACCGGCUCAAAGAGCACUACCUCACGUACGAGAAGACCCGCUACGAGACGUACAUCAACCUCCUGCAGGCCAAAAUCCACGCCGAGACGGAUGACCUGGAGAAGAUCGAGGCAAGCAUUCUCGGCUGGAUGUCGUCGGAUGCUAAGCUGGCGGGCCGAGAGUGCCUCCUGCGGAAGACGCGCUCCUCCCCGUCCAUCAGCCUGUCCCACGCCGGCCAGAACGGGAGGCUCCCCGGAUCCACUGUUUAGUCACUAGCCUGUCGCGUUUCGUGGCUCCUCUGAUCUCCCCCCUCCACCUCCCGGCGAACCGUCCCGCUCCCUCCCAGAUGUUAUUAAACAUUUAAACAUGAAUAUCCUGACCUUGAGCAAUAGUUGAGGGAAGCUGCUGAACCCUUCGUUCUCUCGGCUCCCGUUGUCGCACAUUCGGGGCGAUCCGAACUGUGAUCUCUGCUUCGAAGCAGCACCGUCAGUAUUACUUUUUAAUCAUCUCAGAGUCGGGCAGCCGUCUAGUCGAAGUGCCAUUAGCUCGGAGAAGAACUGUAAGUGUUUUGAGUAAGUCAGAGAGCAAGUCUGGUUUGUAUUUUCGGACCUUGUGCUUUGGUCCUGAAGUGAGUCGGUGGGUGUAGCGAGGCAGGCGCCGUACCGCUGUAGCAUUGGACCGUUUUCACUCAUCUUGACUCAUCCAGGCACGCGUAGCGAAUGGACCUACAGUACAAGGAGAGUGUGUAGAGUUAACUCAGAAGGAUAAAGUCCCUAAUUAUCAUAUUUAUUUAUUUAUUUGACUUUAUUUAGUCCAGAGAAGGUCUGUUGUUUCCAGAAGGGUUUUUUAUGUCUCUUUGGAGGAUGUAAAAUGGGUAAAACUGUUCCUGGUGAGCUGCUCUACUACAGAGGUUUAGUGCCUUACUGCAGGGCACUUUGGCUCAGAGCUCAAACGACUGCUUAAACUGCCCAAAACUCUAACACUUGUUUCAUAUUUUUCACAUUUUCAGAAAAUUAAAGCGGGUUUCAAGAAGUCCUGAUCGGAUUGAAAGACCCUCCAAACUGUUGUCUCACUGCUGCAUUUAUGUCCCAACUGAACCGAAACAAGUCUGCAACGCUCUCAAAUUUAUUAUUUUUUUUAGCAACUUGUCGCAUCUCGCAAACUUCGCUGCAGGUCGUCGGGAUUGUCUCCGGUAAAUCGCGACGCGUUUCACGUGUAUUUGGGAAGUGGGCGGUAAACGAUGUUCUGAAAUCUAAUUCUUUCCCCUUAUUUUUUUCUAAUCCAGAUUAGUCACAUUGAUCAGAGAAACUCUGAAGAGCAACUUCAGUCAUUCCAACUCAUGAAUACGCCUUGAAGUAAACUACCAGACUAACUGUGGUGCUGCGUUCAGGGUCCUCUUUUAGCUAAGUAAAAUGUUGAUUUUCUUUUGUAGAAACCAGAUCAUGGAUGCAACACUUCAAAUUGUUUUUGGGCAUAUUUAUUCCCUUGUUAGAAGAAAGCUAUGCUACUUUUUAAUAUUUUUAGACUCGAUUGAGGGAAAAUGGGAAAAAAUAUUUUGUCCGCUCCCAGCAAUAAAAACAAGAUGUUGAGUCUGCAUUUGAAAACAGUUGCUGUAUUCAGCCAAGUUUUAACACAGCAAUUAAAAGCAGAGGCGGAUUUAGAGUCCGAGAGGAGGGGCCCUUAGACGAUGAGGAAAACCAGAAGGCUGAUCUGGUUUUUGUGUAAUGUCUGACACUUUUGUAACCAGAUUUUGAUUUAGAUGGUAGUUUUGUUCUAAUUUAUCUCAAAUUGUGGUUGCUCAAAAUCUGAUUAAACGCAUUGAACUCUGUAGCUGUGAUGUGACGAUGUGGAAAAGUUCAAGAGAUAGAAACUGUUUGGUUUGACGCUGCGGCAGAAUGUCUGGGCAAUGCAGGUUAUGUUGGUCAUUGUGUGUGAAUGUGUUCCAGUUGGGAUAUUGAAGCUAAAAGCAGCUGAAGAAUUAUCUUUUUCUUUUUUUUUUUUAAUCAGCUACUCAUACGACGAGCUGAUUGGUCGCGUGUGGCCUGGGUGUCUCCAAAGCCUCCUGGCCUUUAUCUUUGUGACUGAACGUGCACUAUAACCCCCUCGGAUCCAUCACCCGUCAGAACUUUCUCCGGCCUGUUUCCAGUAUCCAGCACCGACUGAAGCCGAUGUCUCACUUCGGGGAAACGGAAACCGGCCGAUUUGUAGAGCGGAGCAGCGGGACUGCUCCGGUUUCGUGUUUCUAAGUCGAUAAGCCCGCCGGUAUCCGGCAACGUAGCCAUCAAAACGCGUUUCCUGUCGGUGUGAAGCGACGUCUUGGUCUCUACUGAGAAACUUAAACUAGUCCCUUUUUCCUAGAACAGGCAAAGCAGAUCUACGGCUCGUGUUGUUUUUUUUUUUUUUUUGUUUUUUUUUGUUUUUCCCAACCCAACGGACCUGAAUUUCCUGGAAGACGACGACGGUGGUUGGAACAGGAGAUGCGCUAGUACAUCUGUUUGUGAACACCUUAAUUCACUGAGCCUCAGCUCCCCCAAUCACACAAACAUGUUUUUUUGUUUUUUUCCCCCACUAGAACUGUUUAUGACACAACUGUAGACCAGUACCUUCGGUAUCCGCUCACUCGACCCAGAUGCGAUUCACGUUGGAAACGUGCGAUCUGGACGCCUCCACCGCUUUAGAGGACCAGGUUUGACUUUAGUCCGGGAUCCUCGUUCGGGACUUUGGCUGGAAUAACCUGGAUUCUCUUUCAGACUGAGAAACAAACUGCUGAAAAAGAGCCGUGCUUCCACAGGAGGAACAACCCGUUUUUAACGUCGUUUGGAUAAACGGAACCGCUUCGUUACAGGGAGACUUCCUUCCCCGGCGUCGUCCGUUUGUCCGGCUGUCGUGCUGACCUUCGUGUUCUAGUCUAGGCCUGUGCUGUAAAAUAAGGUUGUGAUAAAAUAAAAAGUGGAUAAAAAGAAAAAAAACUGACAACUUUGGCACGUUGGUGUCAGAAUUUGACUUUUUUUUUUUUUUUUUUUUUGGUUUUGUUUGUAUAUUUGAACUUUUUGACAGAAUGCGCAUACUAUGUAAAGGACAUAUUUACUGAAUAUUUAGUCUGUGCUUCAUAAAGUAAGCUUUUAUACAGAUGA